UAAUACAAAGUUUAUAUAUAAAAUUGUAAAAUGAAGUGUGGAGAGUGCCGACGUACUUUUGUUAAUCCAAAAAAAUUUGCAUUGCAUCUAGAAAUCUUUCACCAAAAGACUAAUUUUAUGUGUCCAGAAAAAAAUUGUAGGCGAUUAUUUUCAAGAAGGGAUGCAUUCGUUAAACAUUUAACAUCAAAACAUAUUAAUAAAUUUCCUUCAACUUCAUCAGUAAAGCCCCAUGUUCGUGACACUCAUACAAUACCUACUGCAUCGGUAUUACCUCAGAAUGCACAAGCUGCACAUCAAGAUAACUUUAAUAACAUUGAAGAUGAACGCACAGUAAGUUCUGAUAGUCUAGACACACUUGUAUCAAAAUUUUGUAGUUUAAUAGAUUCUGAAAUAAGAAAAUUCAUUUCACAGCUUUAUGACAAACUAACAAUAACAAAAAGUUGCAUUCAAAAUAUUAUUCAAUUUGUAAAUGCGUUUUUAUCAUCGGGUGUUUUAGACCUGUUACAAAAAUGUUGUGAGGUAGCUAAUGGAAACACUUUACCGUCACAAAUUUCAAAUAUGUUUAAAUUAUUAAAAAAUCCAUUUCUCCAUUUAGACACAGAACACAAAAGAUUUAAAUACUUUCUUCAAAGUAAUUACUUAAUAGAACCUUUUGAACAAGUACUUGGGCUCAGCGGUACUCGAUCUGCGAAAAAAGAUAUAGUUUCAUUGGUCUUAAAAGAUCGCAGUUUUUGUUACAUACCGUUAAAAAAAACACUUAAACUUUUUUUGGAACUCCCCAAAGUCUUUGACGAAAUUGUUACAUAUCAAGGCAACAUUUGUAAACGUAGUGCUUAUUGUAAUAUACUCAAUGGUUCUUUGCACAAAGAUUUUUUCAAUAAUGUAGACAAUAAGAUAGUCUUACCUUUGAUACUCUACUACGAUGACUUUGAGACCUCAAAUCCUUUAGGAAGUCACGCCGGUGUUCAUAAAUUGGGAGUUAUAUAUUGUUCCGUUGCUACUACACCUCCACAGUAUUCUAGCCGGUUAGAAAACAUAUUUUUAACAAUGAUAUUUUACAGUACAGACAGAUUCCAUUAUGGUAAUAAAGCAUUAUUUACUACAUUAGUACACGAAGUAAAUUACUUAGCAACUGAAGGUAUAAACUUAAGUCUUGAAGAUAGAGAAUACAAGGUUUUCUUUAAAUUGGUAGCGGUUGUAGGUGAUAAUUUAGGCAUGAAUUCAAUUUUUGGUUUUGUUGAAAGCUUCACUGCACACUACUAUUGCAGAAUUUGUUAUUGUAAGAAAAAUGUGGCACAAACCCAAACGGUUGAAGAUAAAAAUUUUUUGAGAAAUAAAAUAGAAUAUUUAAAUCACGUGGAUGGUCUUCAUUUUGGUCUAAAAGAAAAAUGCAUUUUUAACGAUGUUCACGAUUUUCAUGUUUAUAGUCAUAGUGUAUGUGAUAUAAUGCACGAUUUGUUUGAAGGUGUACAUAGAUAUACUAUGGCAAAAAUUAUAAAUACUUUAGUUUCUCAAAAUUUCUUUACCUUAACUCUACUGAACUCUAGAAUAAGA